AUAGACUCGACAAUAAACGACAUUUACUGAAAGAUAAAAUACCAUCACUCGGAAGUUCGAACCUCAUUUCUUUCUUUCGUUGACGUCGAAGAAGAAGGAACUGAAAAAUGGCGGACGCAGCUCCAGCCGGUGGACGUGGUGGAUUCCGUGGUGGUUUUGGUGGUAGUGGGCGCGGUAGUAGCCGAGGAGGUACAAGAGGUCGCGGUAGAGGCCGUGGACGCGGACGUGGCCGUGGAAAGGAAGACCAAAAAGAAUGGGUACCAGUCACUAAGUUAGGACGUUUAGUGAAAGAUGGAAAAAUUCGAUCACUCGAAGAAAUCUACUUGUUUUCAUUACCCAUUAAGGAAUUUGAAAUCAUUGAUCAUUUUAUUGGGCCUGAUCUAAAUGAUGAGGUAUUGAAAAUAAUGCCAGUACAGAAACAAACUCGUGCUGGUCAACGUACUCGAUUCAAGGCUUUUGUUGCUAUUGGAGACAGUAAAGGUCAUAUCGGUUUGGGUGUGAAGUGCAGUAAAGAAGUUGCUACAGCUAUCAGAGGAGCUAUUAUUUUGGCUAAAUUAUCUGUAGUACCUGUCCGUAGAGGUUACUGGGGUAACAAGAUUGGUCAACCUCACACAGUACCUUGCAAGGUAACUGGUAAGUGUGGAUCUGUUACUGUGAGGUUAAUUCCAGCUCCCCGUGGUACUGGAAUCGUAUCUGCUCCUGUACCUAAAAAACUUCUUCAGAUGGCUGGUAUUGAGGAUUGUUAUACUUCAGCUAGAGGUUCAACUGGUACAUUGGGUAAUUUCGCUAAAGCUACUUAUGCAGCCAUAGCUAAAACAUAUGCUUACUUGACACCUGAUUUGUGGAAAGAUAUGCCUUUGGCUAAAACUCCUUAUCAAGAAUUUGCUGACUAUUUGUCAAAGAAUCAUCGCCCGGUUACUGGACCUUCACGUACGGAAAGUGCUUAAGAUUGCAUAAUUGUAAUGUAUGUUUUUAAAUAAAAAUUAAUGAAAUUUA